AUGGAAACUGCCAUGACAGACUUCCAGUUCGUUCUUACCUUGCCUUUUGGGGCACUGGACGUCAGCUGGCCCUUUGGCAAGGCCGUGUGCAAGCUGAUCCCCUUGGCCUCGGCCAUGAGCAUGUACGCCAGCGCCUUCUUCCCCGCAGCCAUGAGCAUGGCCCACUUCAGCUCCGGGGUGUCCUCCCCGAAGGAGCUCUGCCUGCUCAAGUUCCCAGAGCUGGGAGACCUUGACCCCCAGUUCCUGCUGGGCUUUGUCCUCAGCCUGGCCAUCAUCUCGGCUUGCUGCUUCCUCCUCCUCUGGAUCCUGGGCAGGAUGAGGCUGAGCUGCCACCACCCCCGGAGGAGGUCCAGGGUCACCAGGUCAGUCACCAUCUUGGUGCUCUGCUUCUUCGUCUGCUGGCUCCCCAGCCAAGCCCUGACAGCCUGGAGCAUCGUCAUCAAGUUCAGCCUGGUGCCCUUCCCCAAGCCCUCUCCUACCCCAGCCGCACUCUUCCCCAUCACCAGGGGCCUGGCCCACACCAACAGCGGCCUCAACGCCACCCUCUACUCACACUUCAAUGAGCAGUGA